GCAAACAGUCCGUCGCAAUAAUGUUUUGCAACAGCUAAUUAGAAGCGUUAAUAAUUAGUGAUGCUUCUGAUUGGCUGUUGUGAAGUAUUGCGACUAGUGACGGUGUGUUUGCAACUUGUACCAUGCUCAAGAGUCUGUUCUGCGGCCAAUAGGCUUAUGGCUCCUACACACUGCCGUACGGCAAAAUGAGACGCGGUAACCAAUGAACACAUUAGGAACUGUAAGCUUAUUGGCUACCGCAUCACAUUUUGCCGCGCGGCAAACGUUUCCGCGUCCAGUGUGCAGAAGCCAUUGCUACUUGGUAGGAACCAAUCAUGCUCGUUCGCUUGGCAAGCAUGCCUAGUCGCUUUGCCCAUUGUCUAUGAGUAUGACGUAUGAUAUCAACCCAGUCUUCCGGGUAUCUAUGUGCCUGUGAUAUAAAUCGUUUGUAGUGAUACAAUUUAUUUAAUAUUAGACAAGAUGACACUGGAAAGUUUUCCUCGAGGAGGAAAGAAACCUGAAAUUAAAAGAUCGGCAGAUCCAUUUGGGGAGAAGGUUAAACCCAAGAAACGUAAAACACAGACGAAAAAAGAAAAUGAUAACGUAAUUGUAAAAGACAUAAAUCUUAUUGCUACUACUGCAGAUCGAUUACCUAAAACCAUGAUACAAGAAGGAUUGAUACUCCUUGGCCGGGUUUCUGAAGUAUCGGAAUAUGAUUUAAUAGUGUCUCUCCCAGGUGGAUUCCUGGGAAGAGUACAAGCUACAGAUCUUAGCGAAUCUUACACUAAUUUAUUGCAAAAUAUAAUUAAUGCAAAAGUUGUUCAGUCGAAUGAAUUCAAACCUUUACCAGAUUUGUUUAAUCUUGGUGAUUACAUAACGUGUUACGUAAAAAGUAUAAAUGUUGAUAAAUGGUCUUGUAGUUUAUCUAUAGAACCACAAUUAAUAAAUCAGAAUGUUCAUACUAGUUAUCUUGUAAAAGAUAUGAAAGUGGUUUGUACCGUCAAAAGUAUAGAGGAUCAUGGUUACAUAAUUGACAUAGGUGUAGCGAAUGUUAGAGCAUUUCUUUCUACUGAAGAUAUUGAUAAAGGAAAACAAUAUUUUCCAGGUACUCAACUUUUGUGUGCUAUCAAGGAAAUAAAAACAGUAGACUGUAUGUCUGUUAUCAAAUUGUCAACUAAAAGAAAAAAGAUUGACAAUGCUAACGUACACGACAUAGCAUCUUUAGAUGUUUUAACACCAGGGACAAAAUUAUCGCUUUAUAUAACAAAGGUGCUUUCUAAUGGCCUGCAAGUUAGGUUUGGGAAAAAUAACGUUGGAUAUAUAAAUCGAAUUUAUUUAAAUAAUCCUUUAUCUACAUAUGUAGAUAAUAUGGAAGUGAUUGGCACAUUAUUAUAUAUAUUACCAACUGUAAAAUUUGCGUACUUUAGUUUGUUGACUGAUACAUCUGAAAAGGAAAAAUUACCUGUAGGCAAUAUUAUAAACAAGGCCAAAGUUCUGUACAGAGAAUCCAGCGGGAUAAUCUUCAAAUUAUCUAAAUCUGGACUACGUGGAUAUAUUUCUUUGCGAAGAACCGAUGUUCCAUUUACUAAAAUUCCAGUCACAUUCAGAGAAGGUUCCACACAUAAGUGUAGAGUACUCGCAUACAACUGGAUGGAACACUUUUAUGUCUGUACAAUGGAAGAAAAAAUUUUGAAGCAAAAAUAUUUUUCAGCUUCUGAUCUCAGUAUUGGCGAUAUCCUUACUGUGACCAUUACACAUACCGAAACAUCUCGUGGCUACAUACAUGUACAAGCAGGAAAGAUUUGGGGAAUUGUUCCAAUGGAACACAUAUCCGACAGCGGUUUAAGCGCUCUGCAUAAAUUGAAAGUCGGAGACAAUGUCGAAGCAAGAGUCUUAGAUAUAAAUAAGAUGAAUCAAGUAAAAUUCACGCUGAGACAGUCGCUAAUAAAGAGCAAAUUGCCAGUUUUACGUGAUUUCGGCGAAGCUAAAUGCGGAUUAAGAUAUCAUGGUACGAUCAGCAUAAUAAAUAAGAAUGGUAUAUUAGUAAGAUUUUAUGGAACGAUAAAAGGAUGGGUCCCACGGAUUUCAUUAAAUAGCGAUACGUAUGAUACGAAUUGGAAUUUUUCAAUUGGACAAACAGUUACAGUGUGCGUUGAAUCAGUAGAAAAAGAGAAAUGUAGAAUGACAUUAAGAAUCGUUUCCGAAGAAGAGAAACAAACCGUUAGCUUGUCGAUUGGAGAUAUAAUUGAAGGAACAGUGUCUGAAUCAUCUAUUAAAGGAAUAUACUUGAAGAUACAAAAAGAAGAUAAUGAAAACAUUGUGACAGGCUUCUUACCAUCGGGUCAUAUGGCUCCAUGCAUUGAAGUGGGCAGUUUACUGGCAUCAAGAUCCAGUCCUGGAGAUGUAAUCUCAGCUUUCGUAUUUGCCACAAAACCGACUAUAAUAUUGUCACGCACUUUUACGACGCAAAAGAAAUAUAUGAGCUUUGACUCAUUAAAAGUAGGCGAUUGCAUUCCCUGCACAAUUCGAGAUAAGUCGCAAGAUGGUGUAAGAGUUAUCUUGCCGGUCGAAAAUUACUGUAAAUUCGGAUUUGUACCAUACAAGAACGUAAGCAAUUUCGAAAUAUUGCAUACAAAUCAGAUAUUAUUCGUUAAAAUCACAGCUAUCAAUACGCGAGAGAAACAACUGACUCUAACAAUGUCACUGAAAGAUAUAUGGGACAGCCCAUCUGAAUACGAAGUCAAGAUGAUGGCAGCGGUGGAUGUCUUGAGUUUGUACUUUAGCAAAUUAUCAGAGCUAGCAAAAAACACUUUUUAUGAGAACAAGCCGAUUUCUUCGGCAAUUUUAGGUCAAAAAAUUACUGGUACUGUCGAGAAGAUAACUGAACACGGUCUAGUGCUUCAGUUAAGCAACCAAUUGAUGGGUACAGUACGCAAGGAUCAUUAUUGCGGCAAUCCUCAAGUGGGGGAUAAAGUGUUUGGUACAAUUCUGUGGAAAGAUUGCAUCAAUGAAUUCGUCGACGUGUCUUUGCUACCGAGAAUAAUAAACGGCAUUAGUUCGAAACAAAAAUCACUACCAGAAUUACCCACUGGAAUCGCACUAAAAGCAGAGAUUCUAAUGAUUACUAAAUGGUUGAUACUUGUUCUCGUGAAACGUAACGGCGCAGGAUAUUUGGCGGCAUUACCUGUCCGUCGACAUGUGAACGACGUUUUUCCCGAUCUAACGCCUUAUAAAAUUCAUGCUAAGAUUCGCUUGUACGUUAUAAUGAAGAGAGCCGAAUCUAAUAUUAUGCCGAUUUGUAUGCUAAAGUCUGCAUUCGAAAUUCCAAAGAAUGUGAUCGUAACAGAACUAUCUUCUACUAAGAACAAACAGUUGAAGAGAAAAAAAAUGUCUGAGCAACACGAUGUAGAUCUUGCAAAUCCACCAAAGAAAUCACUUAAGAAAACUCCGGAGAAAGCUUUGAAGAAAGUAUCGAAGCAAGUCCCGAAUAAAGAAAAUAAGAAGGAAACUAAAAUGGAAGUUGAACAGGAGAAAAGUAAAAUAAAAGAUAUAGAUGAAAAUUCUCUCUCUGAGUCGGACGAAGAUUCUGUCGAUGAAAGUGAAAUGAAAGCGAGUAAAUUAGCGAAACGACUGCGUGUUCCGGAAUUUGGAUUUUCUUGGGACGACAAAGCAAAAUUGGCCACUUUUCCUAAUGUUGAAACGUCUAGCGAUGAUGAGCAAGAGUUUGAAGAAGAGCUUAAACAAAAGAAGAAGAAAAAGAAACUGAAUGCCACUGAACGACGGGAACAGGAACGACAGAAAGAACGCGAGAUUCGUCAGCGAGAGGAAGCUUUGGUGAGCAAUCAGGCACCCAAUUCGAUCGAUCAGUUCGACAGAUUAAUUUUGUCGAGCCCCGAUAGCUCGUUAAUGUGGCUGCAAUAUAUGGCAUAUCAUCUGCAAGCAACAGAGAUCGACAAGGCGAGAGCGGUCGCAAGACGAGCAAUCAAAAUGAUCAAUUUCAGAGAAGAAAACGAACGUUUGAAUGUAUGGAACGCAUGGCUGAAUCUGGAAUCCAGAUACGGCACCGCCGAAUCUUUAAAUGAUGUAUUCCAGGAAGCUGUGAGGACAAAUGACGCAUAUAAAGUAUAUAUGCACAUGUUGACCAUACACGCGGAUGCCGGUAAAAAAACCGAGCUUGAGAAAUUGAUAGGUACUGUGAUCAGUAAGUUCAAACAAGAUUCCCAAACAUGGAUUGACUGCGGCGCCGCGUUAUUGAAAAUCGGUAUGAAAGAAAAAUCGCGCCAAAUCAUGCAACGGGCAUUGCAAUCUUUGCCUGCAUCUCAGCAUAUAAACCUGUUGGUAAGAUUUGCAAAUUUAGAGAAUAAACUGGGAGAUAAGGAACGAGCGCAAACGUUAUUCGAAAACAUCUUGAGUUCUUAUCCAAAACGCAUCGACGUGUGGUCGUGUUACGUGGAUUGCUUGAUAAAAUCUAAGGACAUCGAUUUAGCCAGAAAAGUGUUAGAACAGGCAUGCGUCCAAACCCUUUCACCAAGGAAAAUGAAAAUUCUCUUCAUGAAAUUCGUCAAUUUCGAGAAAAAAUACGGUACGUCCGAGGCUGUAACUCGCGUACGACAGAUGGCUGCGGAUUAUGUGGAAAAACAUAGAUAAGUAAUUAAAAAUAAAGUUCUUAUUUUAUAAAUAAAUUACCAUACACGCGGAUGCCGGUAAAAAAACCGAGCUUGAGAAAUUGAUAGGUACUGUGAUUAGUAAGUUCAAACAAGAUUCCCAAACAUGGAUUGACUGCGGCACCGCGUUAUUGAA